GUCUUUUUUAUCUCGUAAGCACCGAUUAUUUAUAAAGUAAAAUAAAACGUCUUAUCUUCGGUUAACGAAGCGACCUCUGCCGCCGAAAAUUCGAACUUCGGUGAAUUACAGCAUGGUUGAUUGCACGUUGCGUUAUUCACUCUAAUAUUGUGAUAUCAGUUAGUACAAUGUAGUAAGUUGUACGAUUCUACACACAACUUAUCGCUCAUCGUAUCUUUAGAGAGCUGAUUAAGAGAAGCAUGGACACUCUACAACUUAUAAAAUCUACUUUAGAGAAUUCGUUAGGUCAAUACGGAUUCGAAUUUCAUCCGUUUAAGAUUGGCUGGUAUAAUGAUAUGAUCAAACCAAUUUUUCAAUUGAAUUAUUCUUAUGACACCAUAGCAUUUUUGAUAGUGAGCACUCCUCAAAUGUUUGACAGAGCGUUCAAGCCUUUUGUCCGGUGCCGGCGACUCUCGGGAUCAUUGAACCCCAUCGACGAAUGCACGGUUUAUUAUUUGGAUCGGAUAAAACAGGUGUUUCCUGAUACGGAAAUUGACAUUAAAUAUGAUUUUGAAUUGCACAUGGGAAGAAGACCGAAAGUUUUAAUGCAGACUGCAGCUCACGUUUCCGGGGCAGCCUAUUAUUAUCGGAGGGACGAUCUCCAAGAAGACCCUUGGGGUUCGAAUAAGAAAAUAUUUGGUGUUUGCAUUCAUCCUAAAUAUGGUGGUUGGUUUGCCUUAAGAGGUGUGGCAAUUUUUGAAAAAUUUACCUGCCCCCUUUUGACAAAGACUGAACCCAAUGACGUCAUUCCUGAAGAUAAGAAAAGAGAGCUGUUGGAAAAAUUCAAUUAUCACUGGGAAGAUUGGAGCUAUCGUGAUAUUAUUCCAGUUGCAGAAAAAUAUUCUGAAGAACAAAAGAAAUAUUUUGCUACCAAACCUGGCCAAAGGCAUAAAAUUAUAGAUGAAAUAAGAAAUGUAGAUAGUUUGUAUAUUUAAAACUGUAAAAUAUUUAUU